AUGAAAUACCUCUUCUUGACGGUAUACGAGAGCGGAGUGACAGAGCCGCCUCGUUGGACGCGCUCUCCUCUCGGCCACCAUCGGAAGAUCAGCGGCUCCCACUGCCCAGUCCACGGAGACGAGAGCAACGCCAUCUGGGCAGCGAUCCGAGCGCUGCUGCAAGACAACACACUGCUCCAGUGCUACGACAAAGCUUUUGACGACAUCGCUGCUGACGCUACACGAAGGCUAGGAGAUCUACGGCACGCUGAAAAUGCCUUAAACGAGGAGUUGGAGACAGAAGUAUACCGUUGGGCGCUAGAAACCAUUGGUGUGAUGAUGUUCGGAAUCCGCCUCGGCUGCCUGGACGGAGCCGCGCAUAUCCCUACAGCUGAUAACAAAACUCCCGAAAAGACUUCCCUAGACGACGACACCCCAGACCGAUGCUCUCUAUCCAAACGCUGCCUGGAAGAGCUAAGUCCAGCAGAGAGCCUGGUGCGAUACGCGAGAGAAAUAGCUGGUGGAAACUACCUAGUCAGGAGCGAGGCCACUUUGAAGAAGGACUCGCUAGUCUUCAACAAUGCCUUGAAAGCCCUUGACAGACAUUACAGUCUCACCGAAUUCUUCUUACAACAAGCCACUGCCGAGCUAAAGUCCGGGACUUUAAGACCUGAACAAGCGUUCCUGGACAAACUGAGGCCACUAGAGGGGAGGAUACUGCCGCUAGCCUCCGACUUUUUGCUGGCUGGGGUGGAACCGAUUGGUGUUAGGUAUGAAAACAAUAGAACGGAAAAGAAAAUAAGAGCAGGGAUCAUGAAGAAGGAUACAACGGCUUAUAAGUUCGCCAUUAGCAGCUUUCUGACGAUAAUAUCGCUUUGCAGUGUGCUAGGAGACCUACGGCACGCUGAGAAUGCUUUAAACGAGGAGUUGGAGACAGAAGUAUACCGUUGGGCGCUAGAAACCAUUGGUGUGAUGAUGUUCGGAAUCCGCCUCGGCUGCCUGGACGGAGUAGCGCAUAUCCCUACGGCUGAUAACAAAACUCCCGAAAAGACUUCCCUAGACGACGACACCCCAGACCGAUGCUCUCUAUCCAAACGCUGCCUGGAAGAGCUAAGUCCAGCAGAGAGCCUGGUGCGAUACGCGAGAGAAAUAGCUGGUGGAAACUACCUAGUCAGGAGCGAGGCCACUUUGAAGAAGGACUCGCUAGUCUUCAACAAUGCCUUGAAAGCCCUUGACAGACAUUACAGUCUCACCGAAUUCUUCUUACAACAAGCCACUGCCGAGCUAAAGUCCGGGACUCUAAGACCUGAACAAGCGUUCCUGGACAAACUGAGGCCACUAGAGGGGAGGAUACUGCCGCUAGCCUCCGACUUUUUGCUGGCUGGGGUGGAACCGCUGGUCCACUCAGCCCUCAGCAUGCUAUACCAGUUGUCCCUCCAUGCGGCACAACAACAAAGAGCCCACGACCAGGUCGCCUGGGCCAAGGAAUCUACUGACGCAGGAUUGGAGGCACCAGAACUGCCUUACAUAGAGUCCACAGACGCAGGGUUGGAAGCACCAGAACUGCCGUAUAUAGCGGCCUGUGCAAAGGAAGCGUUGAGGAUCCAUCCUGCUACUGGAGGAGUGGUCAGGAGAAGCAGAGAGGAGUUAGCUGUUGGAGGAUUUGAAGUACCAGCUGGGGUGGACAUAGUCUUAGCACACGGCGUGACCAGCAAAUCUGAGAAGCAAUGGGGACGCUCCAAAGCCUUCAUCCCAGAAAGAUGGUGCAACGAGGGUUGGGAGCCUUUAAAGGCUUCCAGAGCUCAUCCCCUAGCCUCCAUGCCUUUUGGGGACGCCUGUCCUGCAACAGGGGUAGUUGGGAAGAUGCUGACAUCCCUUGCCACGAGGGUGCUAGACAAAUACAGACUGGAAUGGCAUGGGCCUAUGCCCAAUAUCACUACCACAGGAGUCAAUAAGCUACAACCACCGUAUUACUUCGUCCUACAGAAUGCUGCUUGAAAUUCAUUUUGGAUGAUUCUGAAAAUAUUGUAAUUUAUAUUUUUUUGGACUUAUACGAGUACUUACAGUAGUACUAGUUAAACUUAGUGUGAGAUAUAUUUUGGCUAAUGAAAUUGUAAUCUGUGGUAAUUAUUUUAGGGCGACUAUUAUAAAAGAAACUAAUUUGAAAAAACAUCUAAAUAAAUAAUCUUCUAUGUAUCCGCCUAGAAUUAUUUGUUGUAGAAUUAAGAUUAUAAUUAAUCGAAUUAAAUAUUAUUGAUAGAAAUUAUUUUAAAUAAUAUAAUGUUCCUUUUUAAAAUU